AUGCUGGAUUCUUUCAAUGCCGAAGUUGCUGCGGCCAUUAUUGGGGAGUGCUGGUCCUUGGCCCUUCCCCAGGGCCUUCCGGUCACGAUCUGGUGUGAUUGCUCGGCUGUCUGCGGGCUGCUUCAGGGUACGAUGUCGGCCAAAAAUGGAGCCAGUUGUGUCUCCCUUGCACAACGGCUUCGCUUCGUCGCACAGCUUCAAGAGCAUCGGCCCGGGGCCUGUGGCAAAGCGGAGUGGCUACCAGGCCACUGUGGCAACCCUUUCAACGAAUUUGUUGACAGGGUCGCGAAGGCGGGAGCCAGGCAACAGCUUCACCAGAAGCUUCCGGCUGCAUUUUGGCAGCUUCUGCAACAUGAUCUACUGGCCUGGGCAUGGUUGACGGCUUCCCGUAAUCCUGCCUUCCCCACGCUUGAGGCCCUUGCGUCUGGGCAAUAUGAGCAGCGUGAUGCGCCUCCAGACCACUGCUGGCCAAAGCCGAUUGUUGCGGAGGCUCCACCGUGUGUUGCCAAAGUUGCUUUUCGAGUUGUCUCCUGCAAUGUGCAGACACUUAAAAACAAACGCCAGCUGAUAUGGCAGCAGCUCGCAAGCACAGGGGCUGGAGUUAUUGGCCUCCAAGAGACCCGGUCCUCGCGGGAGCAGCAGGUCCGAGGUCAGGUCUUCUUCGAAUUCUCCACCGCUGCGCUGAAAGGCGAAGGGGGAUGCUCUCUGCUUUUCAACAGGGUGCAGCCCUACGCGCAUCAGGGAAAGCAGCCGCUUUUCUUCCAAAUGGAGCAUUUUACCUGCCUGCAUGCCUCCCCCCAGUGUCUUGCGAUUAAGGUGCAGGCUCCCGUCUUGCAGGCUGUCUUUGUAGCAGCACAUGCGCCCACUUCAGCGCACUCUCUUGCUGUGCGCACGCAGUGGUGGACCGAGUUGGCGCAAUUUGAUUGGGUCAAGGCCUACAGUGGGCGUGUCAUUCUCCUAGUCGAUGCCAAUGCCCAGGUUGGAUCAGUCGUGUCAGACAGCAUCGGCUGCCAUGCGGGCAGUGUUGAGAACUCCUCGGGGGCUCUGUUCCGGGAUUGGGCGACCGAGGUUGACUUUUUUGUUCCCUCCACUCACUUCGAUUCUGCUGGUGACUGCGUUCCCUCGGCUUCCGAAGGCACUUGGGUUUCGCCCUCUGGCUGCGAGUGUCGACUUGACUAUAUCGCCUUCCCGAUGUCAUGGAGAUCCAGGGGCCUCGACCACUUCCCGGUGGUGGUUGAUGUUUCCUUUGAGAUUUCUGACCGCCUUCCGGUCCGGCGCCAAUCAGAGGCUGCUUUUGUGCGAGAUCCUGAUGAGUGGCCUGCGCAGGCAGUGGCACACCUUGCGCACCGCAUUGACACGCUUGUUCCUGCGGCCUGGGAGACCAAUGUGCACGCGCACACUGAAGAGCUGUUUUUUCAAGUCUUGGCGCUGGGCGCCAGCUGCAAGCCUGUUAGCUCCAGGCGCUGCCGUGCCUUCGUCUCUGAAGCCUCUAAGUGGUGGCUCGAGGCCACUAAGUUUUGCAAAAAGGCCAUCAAGAACUGGUCGGCCUUGGCUGCAAGACUCGACUCCCAGCGCUCUAGUGGCCGAACUGGCCUUUCCGCGGAGGGUUGGGAUCUCCUGACCGUUCGUGACAUGGUCAGUUUUGCUUGCAGCACCCUCGCCACCUGCCGCAAAGAGCUGCGUCGCUGUCUGCGUGUUGACAAGGGAGCAUUCGUACGCAGAGCGCACGCAAAGCUGUGCGACGUGACAGAUCCUUUCAAUGCCAAGGAGUUUUUCAAAACCCUGCGUGCACUGCGUCCUCCGUGCAAGCGUGUAAUCAAACCGUAUGCGGCAUUGCAGGUUGCUGACUGCAUUGAUGACUCCUUCCACCGGCGGCUGAUCGCACAACAGGAGCAUUUUGCCAGUCUUGAAGCUGGCACCAAAUGCGCCAUUCAAGACGUGCUUGUGCCCGCACCGGACCCAGCAGGUGAAGCCCGUUUCUCCCGGAUCUCGAAGCCUGUUAAAAAGGGUAAGGCCCCCGGUCCAGAGGGGAUCCCUGACUGGUUGUGGGCCCUUCGCGCUGGCAAGGCUGCACAGCUCCUGCUCCCCCUGUGCCUGAAGACUCAUGUUCGUCUCUUGGAGCCGAUCAAGCUCAAGUCUACCCAGCUCAUUGCCCUCUUCAAGGGAGGUUCCCCCUCCAAAGUUGAGAGCUUCAGGGCCAUAGCGCUCAUGGCUGGUCCCGGCAAGCUCAUUCGAAAGCAGCUACGAUCUUCAGCGCUCAUCAAGGCUCUGCCGGCCACAGAAUUCCAACAAGGAGGCCUGCCGGGGUCAUUGUUGCAGGGUGCCCACCAUGUCCUCCGCACACAUCUUGCUCUGGCGCACUCCCAGAAGGUUUCCUCUGCGGCUAUCUUUAUGGAUGUGUCCAGCGCUUACUAUCGGGUUGUGCGCCAAGCCCUCACGGGCGAUGUGGAGAAUGAUGAGCAGGUCUGUCAAGUGCUAGGGCUGCUUGGGGUUCAACGUGAAUCCAUGCACGCCGUUUGCGAGUGGCUCGCGGGCACGCACCUACUUCAGCAGGCGUCUCCCCACAGUCAAAGAAUUUUGGCUGAGUUCCUGCGAGGCACACAUUUUAGCUUACGGGGAUCCGCGGAUGUCUACCGCACUCAAGCCGGCACUCGGCCGGGUGAUGCUCUGGCGGAUGUCCUCUUUGCUAUGGUGCAGGCUGAUUGCCUCGCGGCAGUAGAGAAGCGCUUGGAUGCUGAGGGUCUGCUCUCUGACCCUGUCACAGAGGCGGCCUUUGCGGGUUCGAAAUUGGUGGCCCCCACUUGGGCUGACGACACAGUGCUUCUGCAGGUCUCGGCUAGCGCAGAACAGCAGCUUGCCAAGACCACCCGCACCAUGGCCGUUCUCCAUGAAGAAUUUUUGAGGCGAGCCAUGCUGCCCAACUGCAAGCGUGGCAAAACUGAGAUACUGUUUGCCUUUAGGGGUCGGCAGGCGCCGGCACUGCGCCAGCUUCUCCUGAGCAAGCAAGGAGGUGUUCUCCGAUUUUCUGUUGGUGAGACCUCCAUCUCUGUUUGCUGCGUGAAGAGGUAUGUGCAUCUUGGCGGGCAUGUGACUGAGCGCCCGGGAGCGGCGGCGGACAUCUUGCAGCAUGUGGCCGCUGCGACCGCGGCCAUUCGUCCCUUGCGGAGUGCAGUUUUGAGAGAUGACCGCAUCCCUCUCACAGUGCGCAAGCUGUGCCUUUCCUCGCUCGCACUCAGCACUGCCUCCUCCACGGCUGCAACCUGGAGUCGCCUUACCCUGGCUGAGGCCAAUACCUGGAAGCAAGGCUACAUCAAGCUCCUACGUUCUCUUAGCCGGGAUGACAGAUUUACUGGCUGCCCCUCGCUUCCAGGUGAAAAGGAAGUGUGCCGCCAUUUCCGGAUGCCCUCGCCGCAUGCGUUUCUUCGGGUGCAAAGAUUGCGGCACUUUCAGCGCUUGGUGCUCACACAGCCUUCCUUGCUGGAUCUUCUUGUGACUGAGUACAGACUCUCGCCCGCCACUUCCUGGCUGGGCCUCCUGCAAGAUGAUGCCCACUGGUUGCAGAGUCUAACUUCGGUCCCUGAGGAGGCCAGGCUCUUCCCUGAAGGACUGGCUGAAUGGUCGCUCUACCAUCCAGCGGCCUUCCGCACUGCCACCCGCCAUGCUUCCCUGGCUUUGCACCACCCGCUGUAUGACCCUGCCUGGGUAGCUGCCGUUGCGAGCGACGAGCCAGCUCCAGCGAAGACCUGGCCUUGCGACUGUUGCGAUGCUGCGUUUGCCAGCCAGCAGCAACUGGCUGCACAUCGCUUUGCGGUCCAUGGUCGCCACUGCGAAGCGCGUCGCAUCACAUGUGGCACCACCUGUCACGUGUGUUGCACACGCUUCUGGACACGAGCACGGCUCAUCCGGCACCUUCAACAUGACUCACCGAAGUGUUUGUCCUGUCUGGUUUCGCACCAGAUUGUGGAGCGUGCCGAGGAUGUGGCCGCGCCAGACCCUGCACUGGCGGCCCUCCCGAGCACUAAACUAAUCGCUAGUGCACUUCUAGAUGAUCCUGCGGCUCGACACGCUUGGAAAGACAAGUGGGUGUCCCCUGCGAUCGAACAGUGGCUGGACGCAGCAGCUGCCAUCGAGGAGCAGGCAUCUUAA